AAGGGACAUAUCUUUUUCACUGCCUUUCAAAGGCGAUCUGCGUAACUCAAAGAAAAGUCCAGAAAAUCUGAAAGCGAACACUUUAAUAAGCUUCAAAAAUUGCCCAAAAUUGCUAAGUAUUUUUUAUAAACAAAAGCUGUGACUUGACCUGAGCAUGAGUUCAAGUCGUGCCCCCCUGUCAAGACCCCUAUGUCACCUUUUGUUUAUGUUAUGAAAGUGCUGGUUAAAGAAGUUUCCCAUUACCUGAUGGAUACCAAAAAAAGAGAAAAGGGGAACAAAAUUAUGGAGCUCAUCAGAAGUGUUGCAAAAUCACUGACGCUGCGAGUCAAUUUGUGCUGAUCCAGAAAUCGGCUGCUGAAAUCAAUUGCUUCCGGCGCGUGCAUUAUAGUGUGUAUAUACUACCGAUUCCAGGGGGUAUAAAAUGCAUUGAGUCGGAGCAGUGGGCAUGCAGUACAACUUGGUACGGUGUCUGAAACAGUCGAACUUGGAAGCCACAAUGAAUCCUCUGCGCACCCUUUGCGUUCUGGGCUGCCUUCUGGCGGUCGCCAUGGGUAAUACCCAGUCUGGCAGCCGUUCCGGUCGCCGAUCCAACUCCCUGGACAAUGUGGAGCAGCCCAGCAACUGGGUCAACCCACGGCAAGUCGAGGAGCUGCCCAACCUGAAGCAGGUUACCCUUAACAAGCUGCAGGAGAUGAGCCUGGAGGAGGGCGCCACGCUGUUGGACAAUCUCUACUACCUGUCCCAGUUUAACCAUGUCUUCCAGCCCGAUUACACCCCGGAACCCAGCCAAAUCAAGGGCUACAUUGUCGGCGAGCGCGGCCAAAGGAUCGAGUUCAACCUGAACACUCUGGUGGAGCAGGUGAAGCGGCAGCAGAGAUUCGGCGACGAUGAGGUCACCAUCUUCAUCCAGGGCCUGCCCGAGACCAACACCCAAGUGCAGAAGGCAACCAGGAAACUGGUGCAGGCCUACCAGCAGCGUUACAACCUCCAGCCCUAUCCGACCAACGAUUACUCCAGCGAGGAUCAGCGCCAGAGGAGCUCCAGCGAGGAGCAGCAAACGCAGCGCAGGCAGCAGAACGGUGAACAGGAUGACACCAAGACCGGAGACCUGAUUGUGAUCCAGCUGGGCAAUGCCAUCGAGGACUUUGAGCAGUAUGCCACCCUGAACAUUGAGCGUCUGGGCGAGAUCAUUGGCAACCGUCUGGUUGAGCUGACCAACACCGUGAACGUGCCCCAGGAGAUCAUCCAUCUGAUUGGCUCUGGACCCGCUGCCCAUGUUGCCGGAGUGGCUGGACGCCAGUUCACCCGCCAGACCGGACACAAGUUGCGCCGCAUCACCGCCCUGGACCCCACUAAGAUCUACGGCAAGCCCGAGGAGAGGCUGACCGGACUGGCCCGUGGUGAUGCUGACUUCGUCGAUGCCAUCCACACCUCCGCCUACGGCAUGGGUACCAGCCAGCGAUUGGCCAACGUGGACUUCUUCCCCAACGGACCCUCGACCGGAGUGCCCGGUGCCGAUAAUGUGGUCGAGGCCGCCAUGCGUGCCACCCGCUACUUUGCCGAGUCAGUGCGUCCUGGAAACGAGAGGAACUUCCCCGCCGUGGCCGCCAGCUCGUACCAGGAGUACAAGCAGAACAAAGGCUAUGGCAAGCGCAGCUACAUGGGCAUCGCCACCGAUUUCGAUCUGCAGGGUGACUACAUUCUGCAGGUGAACUCCAAGAGCCCCUUCGGCAAGAGCACUCCCGCCCAGCAACAGACCGGCUUCCACCAGGUCCACCAGCCCUGGCGCCAGUCCUCCUCCAACCAGGGUUCCCGCCGUCAGUAGAUCAUCGCACAGUGAUCCAUCGAUGACAACCAGAUCGCACACCUCUCAUGCGAGCGAACCACUCUAGCCCAUCCUCAUCCGGCAGAUCCCUCUGCCAAUUGCAUCCACUAUGUAUAGCUAGCUUUGUUUUUUAAUUCACAAUAAAAACCUUUGCAUUUUUAAACAUUCGAAAGAGUUCAGUUCAAUAUACGAAGCAAACCCAGUUCAAUUCACAAUAAAAACAUAUGCAUAUCGAAAUGUUUGAGAGUUUUAAAUGCUUAUAGCGG